AUGCUUGAUGGAGGAAGCAUGAGAUCUUACAUUACAAAGGACUUCGCAAAGAAACUCAACUUGGUAACCAUAGAAGAUAGUCAUCUUACCAUAUUUGUUUUUGGUACCAAUACACCUCAAGAAGUGGAAAGUCCCAAAGUCAAGAUACAGAUGGUGACACAAACCGGUGAAAUUGUUUCAAUUAAUGUCAACGUCAUCCCUGUGAUUGCAAGAGGCGUUCCAUACUUAGGACCUGACCUUAAAUUAUGGAAUCCGGAAUAUAAGUUAGCUGAUGAUGGAUCCUUCGGUGACCGGAUAGACCUUUUAGUGGGUAACGACUACUAUCUAUCUCUGUUAUUACCCGAGAUAAUAGAAUUAAAGGAAGAUCUUUUCAUGAUUAACACCAAGUUUGGAUGGACUUUCGGUGGAAAACCAGAGAUAGAAACAGAUAAUAACUUGGAAAUCAUCACCUAUUGUCAGACUAACUUGGAUAUAGGAAGAAACAAACCUGACUUACCAUUAGAAGGUGUAAACCUAAAGGAACUAUGGGAUCUUGAAACAAUUGGCAUCGUGGACUCUCCGAAAGAGAGCAGAGAGGAAGAAGCCUUACGUCAUUUCAACGAGACGACCCGGUUUGAACAUGGCAGAUACCAAGUCUCGUGGCCAUGGGUAGAAUACCCUCCAGACUUGGAUCCUAACUUCGGUUUGGCACUAGGACGACUUGUCAGUUUAAUUAAUCGUCUAGAUGCUGACACAUUGACUUCGUACGACGAAUUAAUUAAGGAACAAGAGAAAUUAGGUAUAAUAGAAGUCGUACCGGAGGAAGAGGUUAUUAGCCCUAGUCAUCCCGUUCACUACCUACCACAUCACUGUGUCAAACAGAAGAAUAAGCCUCCGCGCAUAGUAUACGACGCGUCAUCUAAAAUCAAGGACAAUAAGAGCUUAAACCAGUGUCUUUACUGUGGUCCCUUAAUGCUGGAAGAGUUAACAGGAAUAUUGUUGAAGUUUAGAUCACAUAACAUAGGUAUUUGUGCAGAUGUCGAGAAAGCAUUUCUACAAAUAGGUUUACAAGUUAAAGACCGUGACGUAACUAGAUUCCUUUGGAUCAAGGAUCUAGAUAAACCAAUAGAAAAUAACAAUUUAAUACAUAUGAGAUUCUGUAGAGUCCCAUUCGGUGUGAUCAGCAGUCCGUUCUUACUGAACGCCACAAUUAAAUACCAUUUAUCUAGAUCUAGUUUAGAAAGUAUACAACGUGUUGCUCAUGACAUCUAUGUAGAUAAUAUGGUGACUGGAACAGAUACUGUAGAAGAGGCUAUAGACUUAUAUAGCGCAACAAAACAAGAGUUUCAACGAAUGUCAAUGAACUUGAGGGAGUGGAGCUCCAACUCACGUGACUUCAUAGAACAGGUUCCAGACAGCUGUCAAGAUAGAAUAGUUAAAGUACUCGGACUGGACUGGAACUUAGAAUCAGAUACACUUCACUUGCGACUAAAGGAACGUGAGUAUCCUAGCACAAAGAGAGGAGUUCUACAAUGCAUCGCGUCAGUGUACGACCCUUGUGGGUACGCAGCACCCUCUACACUAUCAGCGAAGCUUCUUCUACAGGAUUUGUGGAAACUUAAAUCAAAAUGGGAUAACCCUUUAACUGGAGAUGAAGCGAAGAGAUGGAUUGACAUACAGAAAGAACUUAAGAACUUAAAGGACAUCUGUGUUCCCCGGUGCUGUGUAGAGAACCUUCGGCAGAAGAGCUACUCCAUCCAUUGCUUCACAGAUGCUUCUACUAAAGCAUAUGCAGCGGUUGUCUACAUAGUGCAGGGCAACCAGAGAAACUUCGUAAUAGGAAAGUCAAGACUGAUACCUAUUAAGGAUCAAGAUGAUUUGAAGAUCCCGAAAUUAGAGCUUAUCGCAUCUCUUAUAGGUCAUCGUUUAAUCCAGUACGUUAAGAAGUCACUACAAGGCGAAAUAACUGAACAAAUCCUCUGGACGGACAGUCAGAUUGUAAUCGGUUGGUACUACUCAGAUAAACUUCUAACACCGUUCGUAUCAAGAAGAAUACAAGAAAUGAAGAAAAAUAAAGAACUGAAAGUACGAUAUGUUCCAACGGAUUUAAACCCAGCGGACGUGGCUACCAGGCACACACAGCCAAAGGAGGAACUGGAGAAAUGGUUGACAGGACCCGAGUUCUUAUCGAAAGACCCAGUAGAAUGGCCUGUCAGUCCGUCAAGUAACACUUCUCUUUUGGUUGGGGAGGGUCUGUCGAGCAUUCCAAUGGAAAUAGAACUUGACGACAGAGAGAUACAGGUUGAAGCUGGUAGUUUAAGUAUUGGAUCUGAAGAAACAACACAUAGAGAGGACAGCUCAGGAACUGGACCUAAAGUAGGGACGCACGAAGACAUCGGAAUCGUAUAUACUAAGGUUUCCGAGAUCAAAGAAGUCCAAGCUAAGUACUUUCCCGAAGAACUAUCAGGAAAAGAAGUCUCUUUUCCUGAUUAUUCUUAA